AAAGCCGUUGACUUCAGUUGCCGGAAGUGUGCCCACGUGGGUGCGUGUGGUGUGAGCGGGGAGAGGAACUUAUUUGAAUUAACGCGCUUUUAAUGUCGCCAAACGUUGUUUAAAGUGUAGAUUUAUUUCAAGUAAUAGUGCUUUAACGAUAAACUUCAGAUAUUAUUUGUAGUUUGCUCAGCAUGCGUAUUUAAACAACGAGGCGCCCUGCACUCGGCGAAAUUUUGAAGUAGGACAAGAUAGCAACGCACCAUGGAGACGGAGCUAUACAUAGGUAUGUAGUCAAUGACAAGGCCAUCGGCGCAGCCAUGGUCCCAGUGCUGCGGACCUCGUCAGGCAGUAAACACCACGCGCCAUGGGUCUCCCGUCUGUCUCUGUGGGCGCCAUCGUCGCUGCACUGCUUCUGGUUUCAGGUGCCGCUGCCUCGAUGUUUGUCACCGACCAGAUCCAGCCGACGUUCUCGCUCCUGAAGUCGAGGGGGUGUCUGCCGGAUGACUUCAACAACUCGGCCUCUAAACCCGCCGCUCCCAACUGCAUGAAUCUGGUCAGCGACGGUGAUCUUCCAAAGACAUGUGAGGGCGUUCCUCGCCUCUCGCUGUUUUACGUCUGCUACGCUAAAAGCCAGGGGAUGCUGGGCGAUACACCCACCCCGCCGACGGGCGAUAAACUGGAAGAGGCCAUCGCGUUCCUGCUCGCCCAGAUGAAGGGCCGCAAAUCCAAGUACACCAGUGACGCCGGCUGGAUCAUCAAAGCCUACCAGAUCAUGGACGAGUGUGCGGCGCAGCGCGCGGCGGGCCUGUCGCUGCCGCGGGCUGCCGUCUACAGUCUGACUCUGCACUGCCUGCGCUGGUCGUGGUUCGUCGACUGUGACCGGCAACAGGAGGAGCGUGGCGAGCUGGACGCGGCCGGCGCCAGACGCCGAGCCGCCUUCCUCUGCGGUCAGUGUCCGCUCAGCCCGGCCUCCCUGCGGGCCGUCCUGGAGAGCGCCACCAGUCGCACCCUGCAACAGUGUGACACGGGCGAUCCGGCCGAGGAAGACCCCCACCAGAGGUACGCCGAUGGUGUUGCGAAGGUUAUCAGCCUUCUAGAGGACUUUCAGAGCGGCAACAAGCUCAAGUAUGACGAACUGCAGAGCGCCGUCACCAACGAGCUCUCUGGUGCCAACAGCGAGAUGGCCGAGAAGCUGAUGAAGGUUUUAUUCUUGUGCGAGUCCACCAAGACGAGCGAGGACUUCGUCAAGGCUGGGCGGAGAUCGGCGUGCUCAGCUGCAUUUAUCAGGAGGCCAACAAGGUGGCUGCCGCGUUUCCUGAUCAGUGUAAACUGUCCACCUGAGCAGGGGACGGUGUAAUCUGUUCGCCUGAGUCGGGAGCAGAAGGCCAAGAUGGCUGGGGCUGGGUACUGGGAGACGGGGUAUCAUGACUUCAGGCUGCUUUUCCGCCCGGAGAAGGGAUUGUAUUGCCACCUGCUGCCGUUAUUUUAACCUUUAAGCGUCACAAAGUGAAUAAAACUAAGUUUACAUUUUAAUCUGCUGUUUUACCUUUUGGCAGGGUGUUUCUAAUCUAAUUUAAACAGCGCGUAAUG